CAAAAUUUACUGACUUAUCGUUUGCGGAGCGUUGUUGUUGAUUGCCUGUGUACUUCAAAAAUCCCUUAUUGGAGUGGGAAAAGGCAAUGAGGGGAAGGUCAUAGCCGGACGACGGACGUCGGAUGCUGGGUCGGAUGCUGGAUGUCUUGUCGAUACGAAGUGAGGUACCUAGCGCGUGCUUCUUUCCGGGUCGUUUCCGACGAUGGCUUCGCAGAUGGCUCGCAGAUGCGCGCUGAGUCUUUGUGCCCUUGGCCAAGUCUCUGCGCACGCGUUGUCGUCUCGACAGACGACUGAAACGCAGACAAGCCCAUACACGGAUGCAGUGUCCAAAUAUGUCGACUCCAUAAGCGAGACUCUCUGGCCUACCAACACUGAGAUCCAUGAGAACCCCGAGCUCCAAUAUGAAGAGGUUAAGGCUCAUGACCUUCUGACCUCUUUCAUGGAGUCUCAAGACGGAUGGAACGUGACGCGGUCCGCAUACAAUAUCAGCACCGCCUUUACCGCUGUAUUCCAGGGAGAUGGUGAAGGCCCGGUGGUGUCAUUUAACGCCGAGUACGAUGCGUUGAAAGGCCUGGGGCAUGCUUGUGGGCAUAACCUCAUCGCUAUGGCAUCAUUGUCUGGCGCACUUGCUACGGCUGAGAUCAUGCGCACUGAGAAACUUGCCGGAACUGUGGUUCUCUUCGGCACUCCCGCGGAAGAAGGCGGCGGCGGUAAGAUCUUGUUGAACGAGGCGGGCGCCUACCGAGACCACAAGAUCGACAUCAGCCUCAUCUCGCACCCCACUAACGGCGGCGACUCCCCUUACAUGUCCACCACUUCCACAGACACUCUCGACAUCGAAUACUACGGCAAACCAGCCCACGCAGCAGCCGCACCGUACGACGGAAUCAACGCCCAGGACGCACUGGUCCUCGCCUACGACGCCCUCUCGAUGCUGCGCCAGCAGACGCACUCCACCGACAUAAUCCAGGGCAUCAUCAGGUCCGGCGGCAGCCUCACCAACGUCAUCCCGGACCUCUCGGCGGCAACCUUCGCCGUGCGCGCCGCGGACGACAGCGCGCUGCACAACCUGACCGAGCGCGUGUACAAGUGCUUCGAGGCCGGCGCCCUGGCCACGGGCGCCACGCUCAACCUGACGAUGCGGCCGCACGGCUACUCCAACAUGGUCACAAACGACGUGCUCGCCGAGUCGUACGCCGCGUGGUUCGGCGGGCUGGGACACGGGGACGAGCUCCUCCCGGCCGAGACGGCGAGGAGCAGCAAGAGCAGCGCGAGCACUGACCAGGGGAACCUCAGCCAUGACUUCCCGUCCAUCAGCCCCUGGUUUGGGAUCACCAACGAGGACGGCAGUGUCCCUGUCACGGGGCCUCACACCCCGCCGUUUGAGGUGGCCUCGCGCAGCCGGCGUUCCUUUGACAAGUCACUUCUGGUGGGGAAGAGUCUCGCGGGGGUUGCUAUUGAUGUUUUGACUGUCGACGGGCUGUUGGACAAGGUCAAGGAGGAGUUUUCUGGUGUGAACAAGGUGCCCCGCGCGAGGAGGAGCAUACAUAUGUAA